UCCCAACUGCGUUUACAGAAGACCUUAGACCUCGGUGAAGCACUUCGAGUCGACAAUAUCAGUGAGAAUCAACGAAUCAUCGCUACUUCCUCCUUCCAAUUUCAAUAUUCCCAGUGCAAAAUUACCAAACGUGGCAGUUUGGUCGAGUAGAAGUGCUGGUGGACGUGAUACCGUUGUUGGGUACGGACUGAAGGCAUUAUUCCGUGAAUAUAAUGGCGAAGAUGAAUGUUAAGGAUCAUUUCAUUUAAAAUUAACGUGAAAAAUCCCUGAUUGAUGAUACAAGAUUGAGCUUACAAGGAAUAUUUCUUUAUCUUGGAUUGAAAAAAUGAAUACGUUCAACAUAUCGAAGCAUAGUGGAAUCAAAACAGUUGCGUUGCUAAUCUUUGCAUUUUGCUGGGCUACGGUUAGUGCAGCGGCUUACACGAUUCCUGAACCGGAGAUUAAAAUCAUUGCUCCACGUGGCUUCCAGGUCUCUAUACCAGACGAAAAUGGAAUACAAUUCUUCUCAUUCAAUGGAAACCUCAACAGGCCAAUACGUGUUGAUGCAACCGGAGCAAUAUACGGAGAUCUUUAUGCGGCCGAAUCAGGUCAAUGGAUUUUCAGAGAGAGGCAUACUACAAUUCAACCGGCAGACAUAAUUAAUUAUUGGCUUUACGUCCAAUUGAAUAAUACUUCAUACACGAAGACGGGGACAUGGUCCCAGCGCACAAACGUCAAGCCCACCACAGGGUCCUGCACUCCAAGUGUGACGACAACAGGUCGAGACGAUGUGGUCUGCCAAAGUCAAUUGAUUUUGGAAGAUAAUUUUGAUUCUUUGAAGUCAACGAUUUGGUCACGCGAAAUUCUCAUUCCUUCUCAACCUCAUUACGAAUUUUGUGUCUAUCACAAUCACCCUGAAAGUGUGGAAAUCAGAAACGGUAUUUUACGGUUGAUACCUAGUAUUCUCGAGGACUCUUACGGAGAAGGUUCCAGUGCUAGAGGUUCCAUGAUUCUUGCAGGAUGCACCAGUCAUGUCGCUUACGACUGCAACCGAACGGCUGCCGCGUACAACAUUUUACCACCGGUGAUCUCUGCGCGUCUUACAACCCUUAAUCAUUUCAACUUUCGAUACGGUCGGGUCGAAAUUCGAGCCAAAUUCCCAGAAGGAGACUGGCUUUAUCCCGAGUUGUGGCUACAACCGAAGAAUCCGGCGGAUAGUUCGGAGUACGGAAGUGUGCGUAUUCGGUUGGGAAUGGCCCGUGGAAAUAAUGUAUUAACGGAUGCGUCGAAAAACUACGGCGGGCAGCUAUUGGAAUUUGGAUUGCAGGCUGAUUUAAACCGACAUUUCCGAGAUACAAAGGUGGAAAAAUUGCGCACCACAGGAGAUACCUGGACUCGUGAUUUCCACGUCUAUUCCACUACAUGGCGUCCAGAGGGGUUCAUAUUCCACGUCGAUGGAGAAGAAGUAGGUCGAUUAGAUCCUGGAAACAAUGGGUGGUUCGGCAAUGCAAGUGAUGAUAAUCUCUCGAGUACACGAAAUAAAAUGGCGCCAUUCGAUGGACAGUUUUACAUCACCCUUGGAAUUGGUGUGGGCGGAGUUCGCAAUUUUCCGGAGAAUACACGCAGUGGUGAGGGAUCUGGAUAUGAGAAACCUUGGAGAAACUUAGCUGCAAAGGCCAUGCUUCGGUUCUGGCAGGCAAAGGAUCAGUGGCUACCUAGCUGGAGAACUCGAAAUGCUGACAAAUCGCAACUACAAGUUGAUUACGUUCGAGUCUGGGCUCUGUAAAGGAUUUUUGCGGUGGUUAGCAAUGAGAGUUUCGCGGUCAAGAUGCAGAUCAUUCUGUAUAUGUGAUAUAUAAAAUUUUUAAUAACACUUA